CCGGAGAGGAGGUUUCUUAUAUCGAAGGCUCUUGAUGCGGAGGAACCUGUCUCUCCCUCGAGGCGAAGAAGAGAGGAAAAGGUAGAGAGAAGAAGAGAGCAGAGAAGGAAGAGGUGAGAAAAAGUAGGAGAAGUAAGAGACAACAGAGAGGAAAGGAGACAAGAAAAGAACGGAGAGAGAAAAUAGAUUUAAAAAUCAGUUGACCAACGAAAUAAGAAAAAGAAGAAAAGAAAAAAAAGAAGUUAGAAGCAGAAGAAAAAUAUCAAUGUCGACUUCGCCGGCCUCAGAAGCACCCGCCCACACAGGCAACGGGGUCAAUGUGGGCAACACGUACAAAUCUUGCAAGCGCUUGGUGCAACGCAUGAGCGAGACGGACGUGGACGACGCCCACAGGGUCUGGAUGCGGUCGACGGAUCGAGCGACGACCAGCCCGGUCAAGGGGCAGCUGGAAGGCGAGAUCCCGCAGUGGCUCGAAGGCAGCCUCUACAGAGACGGCCCCGGAGUCCUGAACAUCGGCGACACUUGGUACCACCACGUGUUCGACGGCAUGGCGGUCCUCCACAAGUUCUCCAUUAAGGGCGGCGAGGCCACGUACAGGUCCCGCAUCCUCGAGAGCGAUUCCUACAAGAGGAACUCGGCGGCGAAUCGCAUCGUCGUCGACGAGUUCGGGACGCGAGGCUACCCCGACCCCUGCAAGACCAUCCUGCAGAAAUUCAUGAGCACUUUCGCCGGACCAGACCUUGACGGGAUGACAGAUAAUUGUGCCGUGAAUGUCUGUUUCUAUGGCGAUCAGCUGUUUGCCAUGACAGAGACCAACAAAAUGAGGAGAGUUGAUCCAGAUGAUUUAAAAACCGUCGGAGACAAGACCAACGUCACCAACUAUGUGGCCGUCAACAUGGCAACAGCGCACCCCCAUGUGGAGCCCGACGGCACCGUGUACAACAUGGGGAAUUCCUUCAUGGGUGCCAAGGGACCCACCUACAACGUCAUCAAAUUCCCUCCCAAGAAGACGCUGCCUUCUGGAAAGGUCCUGAAUUCGUUCGAGCAGGCGUCCGUGGUGGCGUCGAUCCCGUGCCAGUGGAAAAUGCGUCCUUGCUACUACCACUCCUUCUCCAUCACCGACAACUACUUCAUCCUGGUGGAGCAACCGCUGGGCGUGUCCGUGCCGAAGCUCCUCGUCAACCAUUACCGGGGAAAGUCCUUCAUGCAAGCUAUGGACUGGAUUCCGGGCGCGAAGACGAAGUUCCGCGUGGUGAGGCGCAGCGACGGCCACGUGCUGAAGGCCGACUACCAGGCAGACACCUUCUUCACCUUCCACGCCAUCAACGCCUACGAGGAGGACGGGCACCUGGUGGUCGACCUCUGCUGCUUCGACGACGGCGCUGUGGUGAACCAGAUUUGGCUGGAGAAUAUUCUAAAACCGUCGGAGACUUUCAACAAGGCUCUGCAGGCGACACCGAGGCGGUAUGUUCUUCCUCUCAAUGUUGAGCACUCGAACUCGGGGAAAAACCUGGUGACUCUCGCAUCCACAAAAUGCACGGCGAUCAGAGACAAGAGCGGCGCCAUCUAUUGCCGGCCGGAGGACCUCUCGCAACACUGCAUGGAGAUGCCGAGAAUCAAUUAUAAAUUCAACGGCAAGAAAUACCGAUAUAGUUACGGUUUCAUCCCGACUAAAGGUCUCAACUGCGGCACGCUGUGCAAGGUGGACGCGGAGACGGGAAAGACGCUCCGGUGGGAGCUCCCGGGCUUCCAGGUGUCGGAGCCCGUGUUCGUGGAGCGGCCGGGGGCCAGCGAGGAGGACGACGGCGUGGUGCUCGCGUCCCUCCUCAAUGAGAAGGAGCAGAAGGAGGUCCGCAUGGUGGUCCUCGACGCCAAGACGUUCAAGCAGGAGGCGCUGGUCACCUUCAAGACGCACGGGGUCAUCACUAAGGAAUUCCACGGCCUCUUCGCCCGAUCCUGCGACCAAGUGCACCGCUACUGAGGAGGCGGACGGUGGCGUCGACGCUGGUCUCGGUGGCCUUGCGCUGCUGGCGGAGGAGGCGGGUGUUUACAAUGUGUUUUUUUUGUUUUUUUUUACUUAUGUCUUGUUUAUCAUUCUCGUGCAUUUACUUCGGAGACUGAGGAGCGGAUUGUGUAUAUUGUGGUUGUUUUUAUUUUUCUUAAAAAAAAAUUGGUAUGAAUUUAUUUGUUGUCACUCUGUUAGUGUGAGAUGUUUUAGGCGCUGAUGUUGAGGAGUCGUAGAAUUCGCAUCGAUGUUUAUUUCUUGAUUUUUUGCACUUGAUUUCUUUUGUUGUUUACUAUUUUGUUAGUGUGUCUGUCUCACGGUGAUUUAGGCGCGAGUAGAAGUGUGGUAGAGAUACAACUUCAUCUUCUUUAUUCCUCUUCUUUAAAACUACAAAGCUUUAAAAAAAAGUCAUUAUAGUAUUAGUGCAUUCAUUCGCCCACAUUCCGUGUUCCAUUGUCAAAGAAGGAGGAGGCUUAGACGUCGCCCAGCCGGUAUCCAGGGGGACCUUUGCGUCGGAAGUAAUUCUUGAUCUCUUAAGGGGAAUCGUAUUCCAGUGGUGAACGGUUUGUCUCGAGUUGGAAUCUGGAAUGGUGCGUUUUCUGUGCUAGAAUUAUUCAGGUUACUGUAGGCUGUAUCAGAAGCACGGCCGUUAGAGAGAUAGAUAGACAGAGGGAGAGAGAGAGAGAGAG